CGCAGUCAGGUGCGGGGGAGGCGCGGGCGGUUGCUUUCCGGCCGCUGCUCCACCGGCUUCCCGGGACCGAACCGGAGCCAUGCUGGGGAGGCGACGCGUCUUCGCGGUGGAACCGGUGGGGAGCCGAGAGUGCGGCGAGGAGCCUUCCUGGAGCUGCCUGGUGCCGGGGGCCGUCAGCGUCUACCGACGGCUGGAAGGAGGAGUCCCUGAACCCCCAGAGCCUCUGGAGCCUCCGCGUGGGGUCGGCCGGCCGAGGAGCCCCCGGGAGCAGGUGCCCCUUCUCAAGCUGGCCUCGAGGGACUCGGGGGUGGAGAUGGCGGUGGGCGAGAGCCCCCCGCUCACCCCACCCAGGUUUUCUCUGGACUCCCUGGAUUUCCGGCCCCGGGGGAGCCCAGAGCCCCCGGCGUCAGAGCCCGCCUCCGAACCGGGCCGGUUCCUCACCAGCUGCAAGCUGGAGCGGGUGGUGGAGCGAUCCCGCCGCUCCCCCGCCACCCUGCCCCGUCGCCGGCGGGUUGGACGGGAGCCCGGGACCACCUCGGAGCUGCCCGGAAGCCCCCGCCCGGGCAGCUUUUUGGCAGAACCCAGCCUAGGGCCCGGCUCAGAGGCAAAAGAGGUGGGGGCUGAGGCCUGGGCCUGCCUCCCGGGCCAGGGUCUGCGCUACCUGGAGCAUCUUUGCCUCGUCCUGGAACGGAUGGCCCUUCUGCAGCAACUCAACCUGCAGCAGCAGCAGCGGGUGGACCCGAGUAAGCCAGAAGAAGAGGAGGAAGAGGAGGAGGAGGUGGUUCCAGCUGGAGCCCCCUCCCUUCAUCCCUCCCGCCCCCGGGCCUGCUCCGUGCUGGGGGCUCGGGAGAAAUCAGGGCCGGCCUUACCUCGGAACCCAGCGGGGCACAGUGCCAGCACCCCAAGCCUGCUGUCCGCCCCGGCCAGGACCGCCCCCUCCCUCUUGACCUCCCACGGCCAGAAAGGUGACAGCUCCCACUGGGACAAGGUCAAAGUCCUGCUCAACAGGAUCCGGCGGAGAGCCCCCCGGGGCUCUGAGCCCCCCCUCGCUCGAGGCUCUUUCGACCCCAGGUCGGAUUUGCGGGAGUUUCCACCGGAUUCCCGUCGCCGCCUGCCCCGGAGGACCUUCCUGCCAGCUUUGGCGGUGAAGAAACACCGAGCGAAGAACCUUUCGGUCCACUGAGGCCCGGCCACCUUCUCCUCUCUGAGAAGGCGGUGCCUCAGUACCACAGGGUGGACCCUGGGUACUCGGGUCCGGGGAAUGCUGGCCGUUUCCCCGGCUUCCAGGGUAUCCGGACGUCCCCCCGGGUGCAGGUCUGCAGGUCCCCUCCCUCGGGGCCUGCCCUGUUCCCAGCCAGGGUGAGAGCUGGUACUCUCCCCCUCUGCGCUGCCCACUCUUCUUUCGAGUGCCGGAUCGCCCCGACCGGAUCCACCGAUGUGAACUGACUUAUUUAUCAGGCUUCCGCGGGCACAUGUGGUGUUGCUUCCCCUCUGGGCCCCGCGGGUCCCAAACGUGUAUUUAUACUGUAAUUACACGGUGUUGGUGUGA